AUGGCGGCUCAUGUCACGUUGGGUCCUGCGAAGCUGGUGCUCUUGGCUGUACACCUCGCAACCAUCGCCGACAUUGAUAGUUUGACCUAUCUCAUUGGUCAGCAUGCAGUAAUACUACGGCCAGAGCUGGUACUCCGAAUCAUUCUCACAUAUCUUCCCGAAACCCUCAGUCCGGCAGUAUAUGUACCUCUCAUACAAUCCAUAGCCAGCGGCGAAUCGCCAUCACAGACAAAUUCAGACUACCACCUCGACACUUCUUCUGUUCGGAGUAUAACAGAAGAGCAGGCUUCAAGAAAAGUCAAGAAACUUCAUCUUCUCUCUCUCAAAAAUACUGAUGUACCUCUCACUCUCGCUCACGAGGCCGAUCCAUUCACCUCUUUCUUACUUUUGAGGGCUUACAGAAUGGACGAAGAAGCGGGCAUGUUACCCCAAGUUCCUGACCUGGUAUCCCCAUUUCUGCAGCAAUCGCAAGAACUUCACACGUGGAUGAUUUCAACGGUACUCCCUCUAGUCAGACGAAACUACGAGUAUUAUCCACAAAGGCCUAUACGGUAUUCGCUGCUUGAGUUCCAGAAUCUACCUGCCAGGAUGGCCAUCGAUUAUCUACUCGCUGAGACAGGUGCCGUCGAUGAUGAGUUUAACCUAGCUGGCCGUGAUCUGAGUGGGCUUGUUGGGCCUUGGCUCCAUGACGAAUCGAGGUGGAAACGCGAGGCCUUUGACCAAGAUGUAUCAAAUGAGACGGAUGCAGCGUCUGAGUUAUCAUGUCCUGGUUGGGAGCAGGCCCUCGAAUGGCUCGCCUCUAAAGCGGCAACAUCCUGGCCAGUCGCCCUCAAAGCCAUUGAAUCCUGGGAUGGGCCAUCGGAUAUAGACCUGGGAAAUGAUGCCGGGUCGUGGCUUCAGGAAAACCAACAGCAGUAUCUCGACCGCUCUUAUGCCAGAGCCGUCUUAGCUUCUGCAUAUCUUAUCUCUGAUGCAGACGCGGGGGCUCUGGAGGCAGCCUUCAGAAUUUGCAAUAAGAUUCGGUCCCUCUUGGACGAAGACUCUGAUAUAACACUCCAAUCAGCAGUAGAAAAUCUUACCUCCGUUCCGCCUUUCGAUAUGGAUGCAUUUGGCGGAGCCAAAGCUGCGACAUACCUACGUAACGACCUAUUACAAAGCUCAAAUCCUAUUACGACCCCCAAGGAGGAAUCUCUUGAUCUUCUCCCUGCUCUCAUCCAAAGCGCUUAUCUUCUUACACACUCAGGCGCCCCCUGCACAGUUCGUAAAGCUGGGGAUCUAGCGUUUAUUCAGGAUCAGCAGGAACAAAAAUCGCAAAUUAGCCGGCUUAUACGAAACCUCCCAACUCGUGCAUCUGAAGACGACGGUUUCUGGAUCCGGGCACGAAAAGAGAUACUGUGGCUGCACGGUUGGGGCAACAGCCCGAAGGCCACCGGAGACGAAACUUUGCAGGGCAUAUUUGGCAAUGUGACCCUGGAGUUCAUUGAGACAGAGCUUCUGAAAGCGAUGCUUUCGCACUCACGAUACAACCUAGCAAGAACCCUUUACGAUCAAGAAGGGCCAGAUGCGCCUCUGUCGGUAUCUGCCGUGCUAAACACGGCACAAAACGCAGCUCUUGGGGCGUUUGACAAUGCUUCAAAUCCAAACCGAAAUAGAGGGGGAUUGAAAAGAUGCGACGAAAUAAAACGCAUCGAAGCAUUGUUGAAGGCUACUCAUGCCUUGAGCGACUAUCGCCUGGUACUCAAACAAGGCGAACCUUUCAGUCCUGUUGUACUUCGAGUGCACUCUGAUCCGGUCUCGAUUAUCGAGAAAGUUCUAGAACAAAAUCCCAAAGCGUACACACGUUUGCAAGAGUUUGAGGAACUAGGAAACAACAUGAUCCAUGCGAAUUUGCCAAUUUGCGUGAGGCCAGGAAAACAGCAGCCGAUAGCAGAGGAUCAAGACACGGCCAAAUCAUUGGUCACAAAACGAAUCGUCGCCAUGUGCAUCGAAGCUGCUUUGCGCGAAGACGACUUCGAAACUGCAUACUCUUACGUGGUAACCCGUCUUGGUGCCGAUGAGAACGUACAUAAGUCACAGCCUGCAGGUAUAUCUGACGAAUGGUCAUGGAAGGCAGCGCUUGACGCUGGUAAGUAUGUCCGCACGGAGAGAUCCCAGAAGCCAACGCAUCUCGGAACGGCAAGUGGAAAUCCCGAGAUACGUCAUCUCGAGCAGCGGAUUGAGUGCCUAGCAACUUCUCUACGGAUAGCACCCCCGUCUCAGCUUCAGGAAGUAUUAAAGACCUUCCGUCGUUGUGAAGAGCAGUUAGAUGCUGCAAUCAAGGAGGAGGCUGUUCGAGAAGCUGCCUGGGAUACCGCAGGUGACCUUUCGGGUCUCCCUGGCUCGUUCGAUACACCAGGCCCAGAUAAGGCUUAUCCACCCCGCAACAUAUCUGCCAGCGCGACAGCUCGUCAAGCCGAGGAAGCACCAAUGUCUCUCUUCGAUCUUUCCAGAGCGACAGCCAGGGUCGCGUCCAGGAACCUGACUGUGUUGUCAAGCUUGCAGGGUUCUUUUACAUCGGAUAAGACGAAUGCAGAGUCCGAGUCCUCUGAGUUCGAGUCGCAUGAGCAGAACAGAACAAGGAAGAGGGAUCAGCUAAGAGAGGCUGCGACUGGUACACUGGUAUCUGGCGUGGGGUGGCUGCUUGGAGCAAAUCCGAAUCGACCUACAAGUGGCCAGCAGUAA